UUUCCUGUAGUAAAGAAAAAUGGCAAAAAUGGAGGUGAAGACAUCUCUUCUUGACAAUAUGAUUGGGGUUGGAGAUAUGGUUCUUCUGGAGCCCCUUACUGAGGAAACCUUUAUCAGCAAUCUCAAAAAACGCUUUGAUCACAAUGAAAUAUAUACUUAUAUCGGGAGUGUGGUGAUAUCCAUAAAUCCAUAUAGAUUGCUUCCAAUUUAUUCGGCAGACAAAGUAGAAGAAUACAGAAACAGAAAUUUCUAUGAACUGAGGCCUCACAU